AUGAACGUCCAUGCCACAAGAAUCUUGGGAUCACUAUUCAAUGAUGGCUUGCCAACUGAACUUGCAUUCAAGUUUCUGACUCAUAGUUUCAAGGUCAUCGAGGAUGAUUUUCCGGAAAACCCUCCAAGUCGAAGAGGGAUCGUGUUGAAGGCAAGAGAUGAUGUUGACCAAUCUGGAGGAGAUGAAUCAGUACUUAAAGGCAACGAAGAGGCAACAGAGAUGGAAAAAGGAAACAUCAAUGAGAAACCACACUUUAAACAAAUUGAGGACAGCACCCACACUGCAACUACGUCAAUUAUUCGUGAGAGCAGUGGUAGAGCAAAACAAUUUGGAAGUUAUAGCUCUGACGAGAAACCAGGCUCCAAACGAGUAUAUAACACUGAUGGGGCAGCGAGGGAUGUCAAGCCCCCCGCUUACCAAGUUAAAGAUGGUAUCAAGACCAAGCACAACAUUGGAAAAGAUAAAGCAAUACAGAUUGAGAAUGGUAAUUCAGAUGCAAAACCUUACUCGCAACUAGGUAUUGAUGAUUUAGCAGGGAAUGCAACAAUGACAAAGCCAAUUAAGCACAACGAAGAGGCAGAUAUGAUCGUUUGGUCAGAUUUUGCUACAAAUGGAAAUGGUAACUUAGCUGAGAAACUGCAUUAUGAAGGAACCAACCAGAUUUCUUUCGGCAUAUAUGAUCGUUUGGUCAAAUUUUGUUGCAAAUGUUUCCUAACAUAA